AUGCCUCCCAAGAAGACCGACGGCGCUGCUGCUCCCAAGAGCAAGAGCACUCACGCCUCGUACCAGGACAUGAUCACUGACGCCAUCGUCGCGCUCAAGGACCGCAAUGGAUCCAGCCGCCCUUCGCUCAAGAAGUAUGUCAAGGCCAACAACAACCUGAGCGUCACCGACGCCAUGUUCGACUCUCUGUUCAACAAGGCUCUGAGGAGCGGUGUUGAGAAGGGUGUCUUCGAGCAGCCCAAGGGCGCUUCCGGCGGCACCAAGCUGGCCAAGAAGUCGGCUAAGCCCGCUGCUCCCAAGACGGCCAAGAAGCCUGCCGUCAAGAAGGAGACCAAGGAGAAGAAGGCCACCGCCACCAAGACUAAGAAGGCCGCCCCCAAGAAGGAGGCCAAGGACAAGAAGCCUGCCGCCGCCAAGGCUGCCACUAAGAAGACUGCUGCUCCUAAGAAGGCGCCUGCUGUCGUUGACAAGCCCAAGACUCUGACUAAGACCAAGUCUGGCCGUGUCGCCAAGACCACUGCUGCCCCUAAGAAGGCGGCGCCGAAGAAGGCCGCUCCCAAGAAGGCCGCCACCAAGGCAUGA